AUUUACUUGAAAAUUUUAUGUUAGUAGCAAAUUAGAUUGAGGAUGUUGACGUGCUGCUAUUUUAGUCAAAAAAUUUAACGAAGAAGAAAUAAAGAAGAAUGAGAAUGAUUUUCUUUUUAAUUAUUAUGUUAUUAUUUGUAUCACUAGAAUUAUCUGUAAAUGGGAAAUGUUUCCUUAAUAAAACGAAACAAAAAUACUUUUAUGUUGAUAUAAUAAUGUAUUUUGGAGUGAUUUUGAUUGCUGUAAUUGAAAUAAUAAUUUAACAAAAAAAGAUUCAUAAGAAGUUUCAAUAAUAGGUUAGAUUAAGAGCUUAAUUCUGCCAACUCAUUAUCUAUUCAAUUUUUAUAAGCUCUAUCGUUGGAUUAAGUCUUUAUCAUAUUCUAGUGUAAGUGUACUACUUUUCCUUGGAAUUUAAUCAAGAGUGUUUCUAUUUUAGAGAUGAUAUUAAUAAUUAAGUAGUGUUUGCAACAUUAAAAACAAUAAUAUUUUUGCUAUUUAUAAUUGUUGAGGGGUGUAUAAUAACCUUUUUAAUUUGGGUUUUAAAAGAGAAUGAAAAGGCAUAUUAGAAUCCAUAGAAAUUUAAAGAAAGUGUAGCUUUGUUUCGAUCAAUGAGUAACGACAUUGUACUUCAAAUAAAAUGAAUGAUGAUAGAUGAAAAGUGUG